AUGAAUUUUAAUUUGGUGACAUUUUCUUUAAUUUCCAGCAUUUUGACCUUCAACGCUCAACUUUGUCUGAGUAUCGAAAAGGGCUCAACGCCAUCUCAGAGGCAAAGUCUUGCCUUGCCCAGAGUCAGCUGCUCUCAAAGGGGAAUAAAGGCUGUGUUUGGCUCUGAGGUCAUCAGUGAUAUUCGUGUAAAAGACAAGUCGGGGGCCACAUUCACGGCGGAUCGGUCUGGGAGCUUGUGUGGAGUCAAAAUGGGCAGAAACGACAACCAGAGUCUUGUUUUCUUCAGCACAUAUGACGGCUGCUACGCUCAAGUGAAGGGCAGUAAAGUGGUCGUCCCACUGCAAGUGCAGCUGACGGGAGACGAUCGAUGGUUCAGGGUCAACAUCAGCUGUCCUCUGACGAGGAGACCCAGAGGGAGGCCACCGCUGCAGUCACCGGAAUUCCACGGGCAGUGUGCCAUUCACAAAGACCUCCGGGUGACAUGUGGGACACAAAGACUGUCCCCUGAUUCCUGCGCCUACCAUGGCUGCUGCUACAAUUUCACAGAUUCAACAUGCUACUACAGACUCAAUUCCUGCUCUUUGGACGGGCACUUUGUGUUUGCUGUCGAAAGGACCGAGAUGGACCCGCCUAUGCGCCCCAGAAGCCUCGUGGUCAAGAAUCGGCCACGCUGCGUUCCUGUUCUCACCACCCCAGACGUUGCCGUCUUUAAGAUUCACGUCACGGAUUGUGGGGUUAAGACAAAGGUCAAGGGAGAUGUCGUCGUCUAUGAGUUGGAGGUGGAGGAGCUGCCUGAUCCGAGAAGAACAAACCACGCUCCGUUUCGUCUCCAGGUGGAUUGUGAAUAUGACGAGUCGGCUGCGAAGCGUGCCGUCAAUCUGACUUCCCUCCACACAGUGACCAAGCCGCCGCCUGUGGUUGCUCUGGGAAACAUCAAAGUGCAGAUGAGAAUCGCCACAGACGCGUCCUUCACGUGUUUCUUUCCUGAGGACCAACUUCCUGUGAUAUCGCCGCUGCGUGAAACCGUCUACGUGGAAAUCUCUCUGGGCCAACCAUCGCCGGAUCCCGCACUUUCCCUCCAUGUCAGGGAUUGCUUCGCCUACCCGGCAUCUCGACACUCUGCGUGGACGCUUCUCUACGAAGGAUGUCCCAACCACCUGGAUGACUCCAAAAGUUCAGUCCCUGUGGACAAUCGGGGUCAAAUUUAUUCCCAUUCCCAAGUCAGGAGAUUUGACGUCAAGACCUUUGCCUUCGUCGAUGAAGGCCAACCAAGUGUUGAGGAAAUCUACUUCUAUUGUUGGGUGGAAAUCUGCACGGAGGAGGUAGACUGCGCGCAACGCUGCGCUAUCGUUUCAUCUGAAGGCGAGAGACGCAGAAGAGAGGCUUCCUCCGAAGCAUCUCCCACCCAGCUCGUCACUUUGGGCCCUUUUCUGCUGCGUCGGAAUAGCACAAAAAAGCAGGCUGAUCCGUGUGUUCAGCACAACGCCGUGUAUCAAGGCGCCAUGUUUGUUCUCUCUGGCAUCGGGGCAACAGUGCUGCUGCUGCUGGUGCUGGUGGUUGUGAUAUUGUGUUUGAGCAAGAGGAAUUGUCACAAGCCACAGACAACACAAGGUUCUGAGGCUCACGUUGAAGAUGUGAUAUCAUAAUAAACAUUUCACUGC